AAAUUUUACAUGACUAAAAAUUGAGAAGCUGCCUUCAACAACUGAGGUCAUAGAACGAGAACGAACCAGCAGCGCCGCGUCUCCUCGAACUCAGGUCAUCACUUCCACUUCGAAGCUCAAUUUCAACAACUAAGAUAUCUCGUUUGAAUUCACCGUCAAAAUGCUUCACAACAAGUCCUUCGUUAAGAAAACCAAAGGUGGCAAAGUCAUAAGGCAAGUAAGGGAACACUACUUGCGUGAUGAUAUAUAUUGCGGAGCUCCGUCUUGCACUAUCUGUAACACUUCUGGUGCUAGACUCAGUGCUUCUCCUUCCACUAUUCUUGUUCUCGACACUAAUGUUGUUCUUAAUCAGAUUGAUUUGCUGGAGAAUCCCGCUAUUGAUGAUGUUGUUGUACUGUCUAUUGUGUUGGACGAGGUCAAGAACAAGAAUUUGUCGGUUUAUAAUCGGUUAAGAGCUAUUUGUAGUAAUCCAAUGAGGAAAUUCUUUGUUUUUUCCAAUGAGUACCACAGGGAUACAUAUGUUAAGGAAAUGAGUGGGGAAACUAAAAAUGACAGGAAUGAUAGAGCUAUUCGAGUGGCUUCACAGUGGUAUCAGAAACAUCUAGGUGAUGCAAUAAAGGUUUUGCUUGUAACUAAUGAUAAAGAGAACAAACGGAAGGCGAGUGAAGAGGGCAUUUGUGCAGAAACAGUUGAGUCAUAUGUCAAGUCUUUGGACCGACCUGAUUUACUUGACCUGCUUGUGCGGCCUUCAUCUGAAGACGUGGAGAUGGAAGAUGUUGAAGAUCAUAGACCAUCCAAGAGGAAAAUAAUUUACGCAGAGCAUAAACCAAUGUCAGAAAUCACAUCUGGUUUGCAUCGUGGAAUAUAUCAUCAAGGGAAACUUCGUGUAAACCGUUACAAUCCAUUCGAAGCAUAUGUCGGGAGUGAGAGCAUUGGCGAUGAGAUAAUUAUUUAUGGGCGAUCUAACAUGAACCGAGCUUUUGAUGGUGAUAUUGUGGCAGUUGAACUUCUGCCUCAGGACCAAUGGCAAGGGGAGAAGUCUAUGUCUAUAGCUAGUGAAGAAGAUGAGGAUGAUGAUGAUGUUCAUCUAGCCCCGAACAGCGCUGAUGUUGCACCCCGAACUAUUCCUCAGCAAAGUUCUACUGGAGAAAUAAAUGCUGGAUCCGGUCGCCCUUCUGGUUGUAUCGUUGGUAUUAUAAAGAGAAACUGGCAAUCGUAUUGUGGAUCUUUGGAGCCAAUGCCUAUACCUGGAGGGAGUCGUGGUGUGGCCUAUGCCUUAUUUGUCUCCAAAGAUCGUAGAUUUCCCAAGAUUCGUAUCCAAACCCGCCAACUUGAGAACCUUUUGGACAAAAGGAUUAUUGUAUCAGUUGAUUCUUGGGAUCGUCAAUCUCGAUAUCCAUCUGGCCAUUAUGUGCGGACUGUAGGAAAGAUAGGUGAUAAAGAUACUGAAACUGAGGUGGUCUUGAUAGAAAAUGAUAUAAAUUCAAGGCCAUUCUCUGCACAAGUGCUAGCAUGCCUGCCACCAUUGCCAUGGUCAGUCUCUUCUGAAGAUUUGUCCAUUCCAUUUAGGCAAGAUUUGCGUCACUUGCGUGUCUUCAGUGUGGACCCUCCAGGCUGCAAGGAUAUUGAUGAUGCACUCCACUGCAUUGCUCUUCCAAAUGGAAACUUUGAUGUUGGAGUUCAUAUUGCCGAUGUUACAAAUUUUGUGUUUCCUGGCACUCCUCUCGAUGAUGAGGCUUCUCAAAGGGGUACAUCAGUUUACCUUGUUGAGAAGCGAAUAGACAUGCUUCCAAAACCUUUAACAGAGGACGUAUGUUCUCUUCGGUCUGAUGUGGAGAGGCUAGCAUUUUCUGUCAUAUGGGAAAUGACACCUGAAGCAGAUAUCAUUUCCACCAGAUACACAAAAAGUGUCAUAAAAUCUGCUGCGGCAUUGUCUUAUGUUGAAGCACAAGCGAGGAUGGAUGAUAGUCGAUUGAUGGACCCAGUAACUACUGACUUGAGAAACAUGAAUAGUUUAGCCAAGAAAAUGAGAUUAAGGCGUAUUGAGAACGGAGCUUUGACUCUUGCAUCUGCAGAAGUCAAAUUUCAAAUUGACACAGAGACUCACAAUCCCCUUGAUAUUGGUAUAUACCAGAUAAAGGAAGCCAAUCAAAUGGUGGAGGAGUUUAUGCUUGCUGCUAAUGUUUCUGUUGCGCAACAAAUUCUUAAAAGUUUUCCUUUGUGCUCAUUAUUGAGGCGACAUCCAACUCCAACUAAAGAGAUGCUUGAACCCUUGCUACGUGUUUCUGCUGCGAUUGGUCUAAACUUGGAUGUCUCAUCAUCAAAAGCAUUGGCUGACUCUCUUGACCAUGCUGUGGGUGAUGAUCCAUAUUUCAACAAGUUGAUCCGCAUUCUGACAACUAGGUGCAUGAGUCAGGCAGUUUAUUUCUGUAGUGGGGAUCUUAGCCCUCCAGAAUAUCAUCAUUACGGGCUUGCAACACCUUUAUAUACCCAUUUCACAUCACCUAUAAGAAGAUAUGCUGAUGUCAUUGUACACAGGCUACUUGCUGCUUCUAUAGGAAUAUCCAAGUUACCGUCUGUAUUUCAAGACAGACUGCAGCUCACCAGUAUUGCAGACAAUUUAAAUUAUAGGCACAGGAAUGCUCAGAUGGCAGGGCGGGCCUCUGUAGAGCUGAAUACUCUCAUUUAUUUCCGAACUAGGCCAACUGAUACCGAGGCUAGGGUAGUCAAGAUAAGAUCUAAUGGUUUUUUUGUGUUUGUUCCCAAAUUCGGCAUAGAAGGACCUGUAUAUUUGACAACAAGAGCUGAAAAGGGUAGCGGAGAAUGGUAUGUAGAUGAACAAGAGCAGAAGAUUAAAAAGAUGGAUGGUAGCUUUUCAUACAGCAUUUUGCAGACUGUACAAAUUCACUUGGAGGUUGUGGAGCCUCAACCUAACCGGCCAAAGCUUCAGCUUACUCUCAUCUAGAGGUAUACGAGACAUCAUGAGCAUUGAACAAGAAGCAAGCUAGGAAAUGUACCUCUUAUUUAUAUUGCUCUCCACGCCUCCGCACUUGAAGUUUCUGGUAUUAGAAUUGACUGGCAUGGAUAUUUUGUUGGAAGAAUUGAUUGGCAUGGAUAUUUUGUUGGAAGAAUUGACUGGCAUGGAUAUUUUGUUGGAAGGAUUGAAAACCAUAGCUUGAGUAGUGUUGGCAUAAAUGAUUGAUGACAAGUCUUUUUACAUUUAUUUAUUUACUGUUAGUUUCGUAAGUGUGAAUGAGGAAUUAUCCAUUUUGAUAUAUAGAGUUAGUGUGAACAACUUUAUCAAAAUGAUACACGUUGGCUUAAAUAUGGUAGCCAUCUUGCACUUGAGAGAUUUGCAUAACUGUUUUAAUUAAUAGGAAAUUUACAAUUAUUUAAGAAACAUGAGAGUUUUGUUAUA